GAAUUAUCAACCCUAGUGAGAACUCUCAGCGGCGUCGGUGGAUUAAAAAUUGUUCGGUUCUCUUUCUCGCUUUUUGUUGUUUGCGCGUGUGAUUUCACUGAAAAUAAAACAAUAAAAGUGUAUUGAGAAGCAAGCGCACAGUGGAAAUGCUUAAAAUGGCAAAUGCUGCGUCGCCGCAGCAGCAAACGAUGAAAAAAACAAACGACGAGGAGGAUUCUGAGGACUCCGAAAUCGACAUGGACGAGGAGGAGGAGGAGGAGGACGACGAGGACGAUCUUCCCGACGAUGUGGGGCUGCAAAUAGACAGCGAGGACGAGGCGGAGCUGGAGGCCCAGCGCAUUCGUUUGGACGAGGCAGCAAAAACGGCGAAAACAGCAACAAAGGCGGAGAAGCUGGAGAAGGAAGAAGAAGCAGACGCAGCAGCAGCCGCUGUAGCAAAGGUGGUGGUAACAACAAAGUCGCAGGUCAGUAACGGGAAAGAUAAAGAGAAGGCAAAGCCAAAGCCGGCUGAAAACAAAGUGAAAAAACCUCGUGGCAGGCCAACUGGGACGAGCAAGUCGAGGGCAAAUGGACGCAGGGCAUCCAUCAGUUCCCUGGCCUCCAGUUGCUCCCUGGGGUCGCAGGACUCCACAGCAAGUGCGGCUGCUGUGGUGGCCGCUCAAGUCCUGGCGGAUGAGAAGUCCCAUCGGUUCAUCUACAGCUGCUCGGACUGCAGCCAUCACUAUGCCGACAGCCUGAUCCUCGCCAAGCACUUUCAGAAAAUGCAUGCCAAACCGAAAGCCAAGCGGAGGCGUGGCAAGACCAAGGCUUCCACCCCCGAAGACGAGGACACUCCGCCCCUGAAUCAGAGCCUGCUGGAUCUGAACAGCCUGAAGCCCUGUGCCCAGCUGCUCAUGCAGGGAGAGUCCCUGCUGCAGUUGUGUCUCGCCUGCAACUCCCAGUUUGUCGAGACGAAGCACUUCCAGGAGCACCUGGGUCAGCAGCAUGGAUACUUUAAGCUCCUGGUGCCCAAGGAAGAGCCCACCGAACUGCCGCCUCUGGCCAUGGUCACCAUUCCCGGCGAAUUGGCUGCCAAGUCGAGUGGCCAGCAGUUCCAGCUACCGAUUCCUGCGCCAGAAACCCCGCCACCCGAGCAGGAUGUCAAGGAGACGUCGGCGCCGGCUAUUCAAUCCAACGACAAGGAAGAUCUGGACAUGAUUAGCGCCAUGGUGGCCGAAAUAGCGGCCGAGCGGGUGAAGAAAACCAGCAGCCCGAAGGUCAGUAAGAUGAUCAUCAAACUGCCAACAGCGAACAAAAGGGCCAGCAAGCGGUCGAAGCCGGAGAAGAAGCGCGAAAAGAAGGCUACAAGCGAGGAGGAGAAGCCGGUGAUGCAGGAGGGCUUGGCCUCUGAGGAGAUGGAGCCUGCCAGCAAGAAACUGCCUCAAGAGAAAGAGGAGCCUCUGGAGCCGGCUACCGAGAAAGAGCCAGAAGAUAAGCAAAACGAAGAGGUUGCCAAGGAUCAGUUGAACAAGGAUGCAGCUGCCCCUCAGCUUCCCGAAGUGACAGAGGAAGUCGGCAAGAAAGCGUGCACUUCAGGAAAGGAGAAGCCACCCCAGGACAAAGUUGUGAAGGAACAAAAGCCGAAAAAGUCAGAAAAAGCACAAAAACAAUCUCAGAAAGUGACAAAGGAUCAGAAAUCCUCAAAGUUAAAGCAGCUGGAGCAGCAGGAAGCAUCCAUCCCACCGAAGCGGAAACGCUCUCGCAAAGAGCCGAAGAUACCAGCGCCCAUCCCAAUGCCAGAAAAGGAGAUCAAGAAGGAGAAGGAGGCAACAGAGACGACAGAACGACGAAAGCGCAAGUCGCGCAGCUUCUCGGCCGAGAUCAAAGACGAGGAGGAGGACCUCGACGAAGAGGGACUGGACGAUGACUCCUCGGCGACGGUUUCGCCUCACAACAGUUCAUCGGACGACAGUUUCGUUUCGAUCAAGCGUGAGUCAUCCGAGGAGUCGCAGCGCAACGAGAACGGAGUCAUUCAUACGUGCAACUUCUGCGGCAAGACCUUUAAGCGUUUCUCCCGAAUGCAGGACCAUCUGCGUCUCCACACCGGCGAGAAACCUUACGCCUGUGGAAUAUGCGGCAGGGCGUUUCGCCUGAAGAUGCGUCUCUCGGAGCACCAACUGCGCCACCGCACUGAGAAAGCGUACAAAUGCGAAGAGUGCUCGAUGCCGCUGGCCACAAAGCAAGAUCUGUCGCUCCAUAUGCGUCACCACAAGAACGACCGGCGCUACAAGUGCGAUAAGUGCGACAAGGGAUUCGUUCGCAGCUCCGACUUGUCCAUUCACGUGCGGAUCCAUACGGGCGAGAAGCCCUACGCCUGCGAUCUCUGCGGCAAGGCGUUCCGGGCUCGACAAAAUCUGGUGGUCCACCGACGCACCCAUCUCGGCGACAAACCCAUUCAGUGCGAGUUGUGCGACAAGAGGUUCGCCAGAAAGAUCGACAUGCGCGUCCACAUGCGUAGACAUACAGGUGAGAAACCCUACAGCUGUGAUGCCUGUACGCGUGGCUACUCGUCCAGAGUGAAUCUCAUCCGCCACCAGGAGCGGGAGCAUGGCAAGACGGUGGAGAACAAACCAGAAGAAGACCAUUCCGACUCUGAUCCGGAAGCGAAGCCCAAAGCCAAACCGGCCGCUGCGAAGCGUCCGAGAAGGGAGAAGCCACAGAAGGUGGAUGUCCAGGCGAAACUACUUGAAGACCUUCCGGACAUUCGAGAGGAGUCGCCGCCCGCCAAAGUUGCUGUUGUGGAGCUGCCGGCGGAUGCUGGUGCUGGCCGGGCCCAAGUUCAGGUCACGCUGUCGAUGCAGGUGGAACGGGCUCCCAACCCGGAAGACGACGAGAGCAUCACGCCGGAGAAGGAGAACGCCCUGUCCAGUGCCGCGAGUGGAGUCGAGGGAAGCGGCAAGGGCAAGACCAAUCGCAAGAUCACCAGCUACUUCACGGUGGUGGGCCAGCAGGCGGAAAUCUAAAGACUUAAGUUCAGGAUCAACCAACUUCUUACUCAUUACCUUUUAAGAUGCCACUGUACUUUGAAAUGAUGGACACAUUUCGCCUCGCAAUUUAAUUUUUCAAUUUUGCAAUGCAAUCUUGCAGCAGGGAUCAAGUAUUCUUUAUAAACUAUAUACUAUAUAUACGCGUAUUUAUCGUAAAAACCAAGAAAAUGGAGUGAGCUUUUGAAUUCGCCGGUUCUGCGGAUGAAGAACGAACAAGGAAUAUUUAAUGUUGUGAAGGACCAGGACCACUAACCAAGAACCAGAAAAGACUACUUUUUAAAAGAAAAAGAUAUUUGAUAUUCAAAAAUAAGCAAGAGACUGCAAAGAGUUUUAUACCAUAAAUAUAAAUAUAUAUAUUUUCAUAAUAGACAGAGCAACUUGUGUGAACAAAAUAAGUAUAACUAUGUAAAAAAAGAACCAACAAACUAGCUUGUAAGAAAACAAUUCGAGUGAAAUGUUUGCGAAGACUAAUUGUAAA